AUGGGUACACUCCAAGAAAUACUAGAAGCAGCCAUCAAAGAAGAAGACGACCUUCUCAGAGAUGAAUUGAGAGUACCUUAUUGGAAACUAGUAUAUUCUCUGGCAGAUAAAUUGAGAUUCAAUGCAUUCUCAACAAAUGAAAAGUAUAGACCGAUAACAAUAAACGAAGAAAAAAGACAAGAGAUGAUACGUCAAUUGGAAGAAAACAGAAAGAAGAAAGAAAAAAGAAUUCAACAGCUCAGAGAAGAAAGAAUGGAAAAAGAAAGACUAGAAAAAGAAGGAGUAAAAGCAAUGCAAGAAAUAGUAGACAAAGUAAUGGAAGAAGUUUCCGAAGAGGAACAAUCAAGUGAAGAUUCAGUACAAUUUGUAGAAGAAAGCUCGGCAGAAGAAACAAAUAAGAAAGAUUUCCCGACUAGGGGGAAAAAAUUCCUCUCCUCAGAAGAAAAGAAAGCUAAAGCAACCAAACCUAAGAAAAACUGA